AUGUGGAGAAAGAGGGUGUGUGAGGGGUGUAAUGAGCUCAUCCGGGACACGUACCUGCUCCGCGUGCAGGACGGACUGUGGCACGAGCGCUGCCUGUACUGUGCUUCAUGUCGCGAGCCGCUGAAAAACACCUGCUUCCUCCGCAAUAAGACACUAUACUGCAAGCGGGACUACCAGCAGUUGUUUUGGGUACGGUGCAAGGGCUGCACGGAGGUCAUCUCUCCAGCCGAGCUGGUGAUGCACGCAGGCACUGCAGUCUUCCACCUGCGCUGUUUCUGCUGCUGUGUGUGUGCAUGCAGGCUGCAGAAGGGGGACCGCUGUGUGCUUACAGGGGACAGGCUGAUCUGUGCCAGAGACUAUCACAACCAACUGGCCAGCCCGACCACCUCCGACUCAGGUAAAAGUGAAGAUGAUGAGGAGAAGGAAUAUGAUGAAGGGAACAUUAAGUCUGGAGGGGACAGUAACACAACAGGGGACAUGGAACACAAGAGACCCAAAAGGCCUCGUACCAUCCUCACAACACAGCAGAGACGAGCUUUCAAAGCUUCUUUUGAGGUCUCAUCCAAACCAUGUCGAAAGGUGAGGGAGACGCUGGCAGCAGAGACAGGAUUGAGCGUACGAGUUGUUCAGGUCUGGUUCCAAAACCAAAGAGCCAAGAUGAAAAAACUGGCAAGAAGACAACAGCAGCAGAAGCAAAGUAUGUCUCCACAGGAGAACAAGAUCCAAGCACAACACACUGCACCCUCUUGUGGAAGGCUGUCUGCUGAACUAGAAAGUGCAGGUUCAUAUGUCUCACUGCCCCACCAGAAUAUCGGUCUUGAGUCACAGAGCUUCAAGCUGGACCCCUUCAGACAGGGCCUCACCCCUCCACAGAUGCCUGGAGACCACAUGCAUCCCUAUGGUUGUGACACUUUCUAUGACGAUACGGAUAGUGACCCUCUGUGCCAUUUAGCAGACUGUUUGUCAUCCAGUGAACCCUUGCUCUUGACACCCAUUGACUGUUUGUAUUCAAUGCAAGACUCUUACUUCACGUCUUGAGCAUUAUUUAGAUUCUUUAGGAGAGAUGUAUAUAGAGAGAGUGUAUGUGUGUAUGCAUGUGUGAAUGGGUGUGUACUGCUUGUGCGAGUACUGUGCUUUUGCAUGUUUCAGGACUUCUAGAGUAGGUGGUGACUGCCGACAGUGGAAAUGUACUGUGAUGAAAAUGUUCUGUGGAAUUUGUAUUUAUUAUGUUUUGUGUGUGAACUGAAUUACAAUGCAA